GUUUUCACUUUCAACUCAUCAAGCGAAUAAAGAACAUCGUUUUCACCAGCUCUGGAAGCCGCGUGUUUUUCAACGAUUUAUCGUCAACCGUUAGAAGUGGAAAAAAAAGUUAUUAAAAGUCACGUGCAGUGCGCAGUGAACAGCAAAGAAAAAUUGUGAAUUUCUUCGAACUAAAUUCUCUAAUUGCUCAACAAAAUGGUGGUCACAGGAAUCGACGAAAGUAAAGUGGAGUAUGUCCACCAGUUGGAUGAAAGUGGUCUUGAUGACUGCGAUGGGUGUCCCGCCGGUACUCUCUCGUCUAAGUUCGAUAAGACGGAUACAUCAAUCAAUACACAUCCGCUCCCAAGCGGCAAGUAUACGUUGAUUGGUAUCGACAUCGAUACGACCGGCCGUAGACUGAUCGACGAGAUUGUCCAGAUCUCCGCUUACACUCCGGACCACCAGUACUCGCAAUACAUCAUGCCGUUGAUGAACUUGAACCCGGCAGCGCGUCAGCGCCACCAGGUCCGUGUCAUCACGGUCGGCUUCUUCCGCAUGCUGAAAAGCAUGCAAACAUAUCGCGUUGUAAAGUCCAAAACGGAAGUUUCGGCUCUGAACGAGUUCAUCGACUGGAUCGAGGAGCGCCGUCGCGAGGACGAGGGUUCCGAUGGUGUUGUUCUGAUCUACCACGAGCAGCGGAAAUUCGUACCCUACAUGGUGAUCGAAGCGCUCAAGAAGUAUAACCUGCUGAAUCGUUUUGCCGAAACGGUCAAAUCCUUCGCUAACGGGUUCAAACUGGCUGAGAUGAAAUGCAGCAAGACUAUCAAGUUCUUCUCCAUCCGCCAGCUGGCUAAAUUGGUGCUGGAUGAAAGCGAGGCCAAGGAUGGCUUCGAGGGCAAUGCGGCCUAUCGGGCGCGGCUUGCCUAUCAGAUCACGCGGCGGCUGGCCAAUGAAGGCCACAACCUAUCGAGCAGCGAUUUCUGCCAGCUUGAGAGCGGUGACGAACAGAAACCGGACGACGUCGCUGGGACAGAGGAUAACACUGAGCAUCCCAAGCCGCAGCGUGGUCCUGCUAAUAGUGUUGACGAGAACGGUGAAACGUUUACCGACGACGAUCAGCAACUACAUGCGACCGAUGUGGAUGCCGUCACUGGUCAUCUGACGACAGUUCCAGAACCGCAGCCACGCUCGCGGCCAACAACCGAAGCCGAGCGAGAGAAGAUGUGCACCGUCCUUUGCGAUUUGGCUUCUCCCAUCACGUGCGAGAUUUCGGAACUAGACGAGCAGGAAACAAUUCUCUUGCGUCAGAAUUCACUCCGUCCGGUGUUUUUGCAGUACUUCAAGACGACGAUCUACCAUAGAGUUAAGGCUGUAACGUACAGACGAGUAUUAGCCGAGUACGGACACGACUUCCAAUCGUUGCAUCAAGUCUGGACCGAACAUAAGCGUGAGGGUUUGGAGAAAAUUAUUACCAAUAUUACCGAUCUCAAGGAGGAGGAACGCAACGAAUUACUGGAACUACUCGAUUGCCACUUCGAUCCGGAAAAGCAGCAGCUCAAGCCAAUUGUGAAGCGUGCUCGUCGUCGUACCUCAAGAGGUCGUCCGUUCUUCGCUAACAGAAACAACAAUAACACCUCCAUGGAUGAAAAUAAUCCCCAUUUCAAUAAGGGAGGAAACGCGAUCAACAAAGAAAACCGGAAGCCCAUCGGUGGACGAAAUAACGCCAACAACACUAACAACAUGAACAAAAAUGAUAUGAACAACAAUAACCACAAAGGCAGCAACAUGAAUCAACCGAUUUCGCCAAAUGGCGACAAAAAGUUCCGCCAGCGUCAACCCAGGCGUCGUCGGAAUAACCAGGACAGAUCCAAUGUUGCUAACUUUGCGCAACCGCAAGUUAUACAGGCAAGUGCCUAAGCGACAUUUUCUGGGUAAUCAUUUUCUUCAACUACAUCACCAAUUGGAUGAGAGGGGAUCCGCUGCUUAAAUCCGACAUAGGUGUCGAUAAGUACAUACUUCCUUUCACAGUGAAUAACCACAACAAGCAUUAAACAGUAAAAACAAGCGAAAAAAGCAAUGAAGAUAGCAAGAAUUAACUUGAAUUUGUGCAGAUGUCGGGAGUGAUUUAAAGGGUUGCCGAAGAGAGGCAGAUAGAGAGAGAGAGAGAGAAAUGGUGUGGAAGAAGGGCAGGAUCGAUGAUAGUUUCACUUCAGAUUCGUCCUUUAUUUUUUAGAAUAGUUCGGGUGAUGCUAAAAAUUAGGGGGUGAUAUUAGUUGAUAACUAAUCAUAUUUUAAAAUGUUUAUUUUACCUUUAAAAUUACAUAAUUGUAAUCCCAGCUUUUUUUUCAAAUUUUAUUUACAAUUUGCUAGAGCUUUAGGUUUAGAUCGAAAAUGCUCUUGAAAUUGCUUUUGAAUUUGUAAACAAAAUACCAGAAAAGAAGUUGAUUUUAUUCGAUUUCUAGUGUAGAGGUAAACCUUACAGGACAGAGUCACUUUAACCGAGGAGUAAGCGCGCACUUCCCGCUGAAAAGCGAUCCGCCCAAAGGAUUUGGCUCUUCAAAAUAAUUUCGAAUAAGAAAGCGCUUCUUUUUUGCUCCUGUCAUUAUGGCCUAGUAUUUAACUCAAAAAACAUAAUAAGAAGAUUGUAAACAUUUGUAAACGCAGUAACGGGAAGCGAGCGUGUGCGUCGGAAGGGAAAAGUAGUUAGCGAGAAACACACGCCGUUAUUCCAGAAGAAAAAAUAUCUCACAUUGUCUUGUGUAAGCAAGAACAUCUAGAAACAUCCUGAAAUGAUUUGAAUUUGUUGGUUUAGGAAACGCAAGUCCCCAUCGUCUGCGACGUUUGGAGGAUCUUGUUUAAUAUAUAAUAAAGCGAAAGCAAAAGUC